UUUUAUUUGUUUUAAAAUGAACGAAAAUGCAGGGGAAAAGCCUUUUUCAAUUCGCAUAAAUUGAAAUGCAUAUUGUUACAGUUAAUAAUUCUUGGAAGUGUCAUAGUAAAUAAAUCCCUAAACACUUCCGUAAACACACAAAUGCCUUAAAUAUUUCCUCACUGGCUGCCCGCAGUCAUCGAGUAAAGGUCAGUAACCUGGAAGUCUCGUCUUAUCAAGAUCGAGGCGUGCGGGUAAUCGAGAAAUUUGCUGUCAUGGCUGAGGUGCAGAUUCGUCGCUACCGGGAGGAAGAUCAUGAAGAAGUAAAGGAGGUUUUUACUCUCGGCAUGAGCGAGCACAUCCCAUCGUCCUGCAUGCACGUUCUCAAACAGCCCCUAGCGCAGAUGUUUCUGGGAUGUGUGUUUUGUGCUUUGCUGACCAGCUCAAUGUCCAUCCUAUUACCUGUACUAGCAGUCACGCUGCUUUUGGCCGCAGGCAGGCAGAGUGUGAGUUAUAUGUUCACCAAGUACAUCCAGACCUGCCUUGAGCAAGAUCUUAACCACAUUCAGCAGACCUACCUGGAUCCACCUACCGCCUGCUUCUGGGUGGCUGAGAGCCAAGGUCGUGUUGUGGGUACAGUAGCGUGUUUGCCUGCCGAGAAAGACCAGAACUUCCUGGAACUGAAGCGGAUGUCGGUUAAAAAGACUCACCGUGGACAAGGCAUCGCCAAAGCGCUCUGCCGCACGGUGGCUGACUUCGCUCGUGAGCGUGGUUUUCGAGGAUUACUGCUUCACACGUCUGUGGUCCAGACUGAUGCACAGAAGCUCUAUGAGCACAUGGGCUAUCAGAAGGUCAGUGAAUUUAGUGCUCCGGAGGCGAUUGCCAAGCUGACUAAUUUCACAUUGAUAGAGUACCAGCUCGUCCUCAAACAACAUCGCAACUGAGAUUGAGAUCUCCAACUGGUUCAGAUCACUAAUGAAGCACACCACUGUAAUAAUUUGUCUGUUUCUUCUUUAAAUCAUCAACCUUGGAAAAAAGGGAACUUUUCUUUUAUAAGAAAUUGUUCAUAAAA